AAUUUCCGAAAGCCUUCUAAGAUUCUGCAGCAGAUAAGUAACAAAUAUUCCACCUCACAUCUUAAGAUUAAGGCUGUCCCAACGGGUUUUAAAAGAAAUAAAUUGGGGAAAAUUAUAAGUUUUCAAAAUGAAAAUUUCUUUGUGAGUACACGAAUGCCAGAUAAUUUGUGCUGCAUAGCUCCUUUUCAAAUAGUAAGAAUUACUGGAUUUGUCGAAAGAGAAGAAAUUUUUUUGAAUGGGACGGUACUCACACACUUAAAAAAUUUCUUUGAGCACCCCGUCCAAUCUAUGAAUAUGUUAGGGAUAUGCACUGGAAAUAUUUAUGAUGAAAACGCUGAUAAAAGAGAUUUUAAGAUAGAUGAAGUAAUGUGCAAAAUGAUGUACUUUCCCUCAGAAAAUGAGUAUUUAUUUAUUCCUCUUUUACACGGCUUCGACAACACUUAUUUAUAGUUUAAUAAUUUCAUAAAAACAAGAUGUCGAAAAAAGUAUUAAAAAGCUUGUGCACUUCAAACGCUAAUUUUGAAACUCACACACAAAAUCACAUACAAUUUCGAAACACUGUCACAAAUGAUUCCAAGGACGCGCAAAUAAAUGAUUUACAAUUAAGAAUCGAUAAUUUAGAAAAUACGGUAAACAAGCAAAACGAAAUCAUUAUGGAAGAGCUGGCCACAAUAAAGGCGUACACCCAACAGCUUGUUUUGUUUAAAACAGGAAACGCCGAAAUAAUAAAGCUGUUUCCAAUAAAAACUGAGGAAGAUUUGAAUAACUUCGAAAAUUCAGAAAAUUACGAUGAAAAUGAAAUGAUCAUGACUGUUCGGAAAAUAAUAAAAAAAGGCGGUUUGAAGCGAAAUUUGUCGAGCCUCCUGGGGCCAGAGAUAAUAAAAUCUUUUAAUUAUGAUGGCGUGCAGGGGAAAAAGGCUUUCCGUAACUUAGCUGUGCUUAACAAUAUAUUUUUUAACGGUGCCGAAGACGUGACAACGCGGGAGCAAUAUCGAUCCGAAAUGAAAAGCGGAUUUAAAUUAAGCAAAAGUCGACAAUAUAAAGCAACUCAUUUGCUUAAGAAGCAAAGUAUUUGAUUGACCUUUAAUUUAAGUAAUUCUAAUAUUUAUUUUUAUAAGCGUUAAUUUUUAGUUUUUUGAUCUCAAUGAAUUCAACUGUACCUAAUUGCAAUACCUUAAUUUUUAUAUUAAAUGAAUUUCUUUGUAUAAGUUAAUA